AGCAUAUCCAUCCGGGAGCCGCCAAGAGGUCUCGAACUUCACAUCGAACCUCGGGAAACACUCUAAUUGCUAGUUGCAAAGGUCGACUACUACUCUGUACUCUGUCCACCAUCCACAUCACAAGUCUAGAUCUGGGAUCAGAAUGAGACUAAAGUUAUAAACGCAACUCAAAACUCUACAAGUCUUCCAUCCGGCGCCCCACGAUGAUCCCCUUGCCCCAUAUCACCCGCCGUCAACUCGUCCUCUCCCUCAUUCUCGCCCUGACCUCGAUCAUCUUUCUCCUCGUCUCGCUCGUCCUCCAACCUUCCGAUUCUUCCUCCCAGCCGACACCACAAUCGUCAGGAUCCCGGUUCGACCCAUGGGGGGUCAAGGAUUCGGCAGCCCAAGGGAUCCGAUGGGUCGUCGUGGAAAAGGUCCGGGCCAACUUUGGAUUCGGGAGCGGGUAUAUCCCUGUCGAUGAGAGACCCUUAGCGGAGGAUGAGAGUGGAGCGGGGCUGUUCGAUUCAGAUGGAGGAGUAGGAUCGGAUCCUUCUUCGCCCUUGUCACCGUCAUCAUCCGGGCUAGGUUUGACCCAUGGCUGGAAUACGGUCAAGAACAAGUCUUCAUCCGUCUGGAACACCCUCGGUUCCAAGCUUUCCUCUUUGACCUCCUCUUCCACUUCGCAAAGACCUCGUGUGACAGACUGGGACGACCUUCCCUUCGAGAACAAGGCUUUCAAAGAAUGGGAAUACACUCGAGGGCUUAUAUACGAAGGGACCGGGGCGAGAGUUCAGAGGUUUUUGGAGAAAGCUAGGAGCGGGAGAGGCUUCGUCGUAGCCGUCGUCGGAGGGAGUGUGAGUAAAGGAAGGGGCUUGCCGAAAUUGCCUUUCGAUGUCGAAGUCGGGAGGUAUGUCAUCGGUGGAUCAGAGUCGCCAUCAUCACACGUAGAAUCGGGUUCAACGUCGAUAUCGUCCGCAAUAUCGAAAGAAGAGGGCAACGAUGCGAAGACACAUCAUCAUCACCAGGACCAUCCUAACAAACACAAACGACUCCUCUCCUCUUCCUUUCCGGAAGACCGGAACCCGGCCAAGACCCAAAACCUAUACAACCCCUUCAACAUGCACAUGCAAGUCUUCGAGUAUCUCAACGAGAGGUUCCCGGCUAUGCCGCUCGAGUACGGUUAUAGCAGAAAAGCACGUCAAGCAGAGGAAUCAUCGACGCCUAUAGCAAACUUGACUAGCGGGGUCGAGCCGGGCCACGAACAUCAUCCGCACCAUCGCGGGUCUAACCAGUUCAUCAACGGUGCCCAAGGUGGAAUCGGAUCGGAUUAUUUCGCUGGGUGUUGGAAAGAACAUCUGGGGGAGGAUGUCGAUCUCGUCAUCGUCGAGUUGGGAAUCAACGAUGCCAGAAGUCUCGAGGCUAUGGAGAAUUACGAGUUGUUGUUGCGGAGCUUGUUGGAGAUGGGUUCAAGGCCGGCGGUGAUCAAUGUACAAACGUUUACCCUCCUUUUCUCGACCCUAUCGCAAGCAUCAUCUUUACACAUCGAUGUCGCAGCGUAUUACGAUACGCCCGUCAUCUCGCUCCGUGACGUCCUCCUCCCCCGCAUCCUCAACGACCCGACCUCCAAUCCGGCACCUGGAGGUGUCUUAGGUCCUGCGGCCAAGGUCGGGCUGGAGGUGAAGAAAUGGUUCAGGAAUGUUCCUGAGGAGGAGAGAAUCGAGGGGGAUGCAAAGGUUGUGGACGGGGUUGAUCUGAUGCAUAUCAGUCACCAUGGCCACAGUCUCCUCGCGGAACUGGUUGUGCACUAUUUACAACUCCAAAUCGCUCAGAUGGAAGAUUAUGACCUGUACCUGGACGACGAAGAGGACGAAUCGUUCGAUAGCGAUGUCGAGCUGACAGAUAUUCCCGGCAUGUUGCUUGCUUCGGCUUAUGCUCCUAACAAGAAGGUCAGGCGAACGAAUCCGUCCUGCACGAGUACCAACUCGGCUUUCGAAUCGAGAAGGCUGGUCUUGCCGGAAAAGUCGAGCGGAUGGGAUACGUAUAACUGGGGAGAGAAACGGUACCUUAUUUCAGAUAAGCCAGGAUCGCGAAUCACGUUCCCGUUCGUCACUCAAGCCAAACCUGGACGAGACGGGCAGGGCGAGGGGUACGUCAAGAUCGGCCACCUGCGGAGCAAGGUCUUGGGUCUUGGCAGUAUCGGUUGUUGGGUGGACGAUCGGGAGGAUGACAAGACCAGGGUGGAUGGAUGGUGGGACAUUAAGGAACGGAAUAUGGGAAUGAUAACCACCAUCAGGGAAGACUUAUUACCGGGUCAACAUACUCUUACAUGCGAAGUGUUGGCAGAUACUCUGGAUCCAAAGGGCGGGACCGAGUUCCGGUUGAUCUCGGUGCUAAGCGACUGAUCGUGGACGCAACCGAGUUUACGAGCCAGGCAAAGAGUUUG